AUGGACGGCCUCCUGCUCAACACUGAAGAGUUUUAUACUGUGGUGCAGCAGAAUAUUGCCGCAGAUUACGGCAAAGAGUUCACCUGGGAGCUCAAGCUGUGCGUCGGUGCGGAUCAAUGCCUGACCAGCCUCACCCACUUUGUGCCGGAGGAGUGGGGCCUUCCCCCCUACGACAAUGUAGACGCAAGGGAGGGGUAG